CACACACACGACACACACGCAUAUAUAGCAGACCCAUAUUUGAUCGAUUUGGAAUCGGUGUUUAUGUAGCAGCAACGGCAGCAACACUCGUGAAAGCAGUAGCAGGAACUGCAGCAGCAGGAAUUAUCUACGUCGUCAAGUCUUGUGGUGAAACUUUUAUCUCUAUUCCUUUCCACUCCCCACCCAAAAUACUCAAACAACAAAACCAACUCCCUUGACGAACGAAUGGGGCUCUGUAUUUCAGGGGUUUCAUCAGUGAUUGGUGUUCAAACGGAGGGAAUUAACUGUCUCGGACACGUGAUGAGUGAUCAGAGAAGGAUGCGAGGUGAAUACGUACGACGAAGAGUAGAAGAGGCUUCCAUGAACAACCCACCCAAUUCUGCAGACCCUGUCAUUUUGGUGACUGGAGGAUACGACCAUGGUAUAAGGUUUUGGCAUGCCUACAGCGGCGUGUGUAGUCGCACCGUCCAGUUCACUGAUUCUCAAGUAAAUGAUUUAGAAAUAACUCCAGACAGGCAGUUUGUGGCCGGAGCUGGUUUCCAGCACAUUCGAAUGUUUGACAUCAAUUCCAAGAGUUCAAGCCCAUUAAUAGAUUAUGAAGGUUUAAGUAAGAAUGUUACUGCUGUUGGAUUCCAAGAAGAUGGUAAAUGGAUGUAUUCUGGUGGCGAAGACAUGACUACCCGAAUAUGGGACCAACGGUCUCGAAAUCCUCAAAGUCAAAGAAUGUUUGCUGGGAAUGCUCCUGUGAAUUGUGUAUGCUUACACCCUAACCAGGGUGAGCUUUUUAUUGGUGAUCAGAAUGGUGUGAUUCACGUGUGGGAUCUGAAGAGCAAUCACAAAGAACCUUGUAUUCCUGAAUUGGAUGCUUCAAUCCAAUCCAUCUGUAUAGACCCAAUGGGAACUAUGAUGGCAUGUGUUAAUAAUAAGGGACGGUGCUAUGUCUGGUCUCUGAGUGGCAGCCAUAAGAGCGAGUGUUCCUUUCUCCACAAACGAGCAGAGUUUCAAGCCCACAAGCGAUAUGCUCUCAAGUGUAUGUUCAGUCCUGACUCAACGCUCUUGGCCACGACUUCUGCUGAUUGCUCUGCUGUGAUCUGGAAAACUGCUGACUUUUCAAAGUUAACAGAAUUGAAGGACAACACUCAGCGCUGGGUGUGGGACUGCGCUUUCAGUGGCGAUUCACAAUACAUAAUUACUGCUUCAUCAGACAAUGUGGCUCGACUUUGGAGCGUGGAGAGUGGAGAAGUUCGCAGGGAAUACAAAGGUCACCAAAAGGCCAUAAUCAGCCUGGCUUUUCGGGAUGAAGUAUUGUCUUAACUACGUCGCAGGGCCUACUAGUAAGGCACGGCUGAUACCAGUUUAGUUGUUUGUUUUUUUGAUUUUCCACGGGGGUGCAAACCCAACUUGGCUACUAAAGAGAAGUUUAUUCGUGGAUGUGCACCUGACUGAGAGUUGGUUCAGUCAUUUCCUGCACCCAUCAGACAUUUUCAUUUUAUUUUAUUUGUUUAUUAUUUUUUAAGACUUUUUUUUUUUUUUUUUUUGAGAAAAUGAUGUUUACUUAAAGUCUGAACAAUUCUGUAACAAUGAAGGAGGACAAGGAUUUUUCCCCAGGAAUUGUUGCAACUGAAUUUCAUCAUUCCGUGGGUAAUAGUUCUAAAGCAGUGGAGGCAGGUGUUGGGGAGCUGGUUUCGAGGUGGAAACAAAUUUGUUUUUUAUACUUUUCUGUUUAUAUAUUUUUGUGUGUUUAUCUUCUCUUUAGUGGUGCUUGUUUGUGACCCUUAAUUUGCACUGCUGUGAUGCAAGUUGUGCAGCGUGGGAAUGUGAAAGGGAUUUCAAGCAUAAAUUAAGAGGAAUCAAAAUUUAAAAAGAAAAAAAUUUUUUUUAAUUUCAUAAAAUAAUUUUGUGUGUGCAUGUGUGUGGGUGUGUAUGCUAUUUAAUCUCUGGUUGGCCCUGUUUGAGCAGACCUGUGCACAAAGGCAUUCCAGUUAUGACCAUUAAAACUUUUUAGAAGUACCUUGGACUAAAUUAUCCAAUUUGUCCUUGGGGUUUUUUUUUUAGACAGUAGAGUAUAAUUUGAGAGAGAUUUGCUGCUAUUUCUAGCAGGGUUAAUAAUGCUGUAGAAGCUGCCACUGUGUUGAGCAAAUGUGACAGCUCAGAAGCAUGUAUGGUAGGUACAGUAGACAGUUGCCUGUGUUGUCAUGGCAACUCACAGCAUUUAAGCAUUUACAAUGAUGUUUAUUAUUAUGGAAAAAAUGACACUUUGGUGUGAUGGAACUGAUCAAUGUAAGAUGCAGAAAGUCGGGUUCGGCACCCAAGUACGAAACCAUUUGAAGUGGUCGUGAUACUUUUUCUUUUGUGGGGACAUUUUUUGUACUAAGUUCAAUUUAAAAUAUGUACCAGUAAUAUAACUAGAACACUUGUGUUGUAGUUGUGGUGGUGGUGGUGGUGGUGGUAAUUGCAUUGCUGGAGCUGGUAAAGUUUUACUUCCCUUGGCCCAACCCUUUGUCUCUAAAAAGAGUUUGGUGGUUUGGUGAGGAAUCCUUCUCAACUGAAAUCCUUGUUAUAUCUCUUGACCACUACCUCCUAACACUAUCUGAUCAUCUGUCUCUAAAUUAUGUUUGUGAUAGAUGGUUGGUGGGUGGUCAUAGUAGUAGUGAUAGUGGAGGGUUGUGGAUCUUUUGAUAAAUGAAAUUUAAUGUAAGACCAGAAACAAAAUGGUUGGUCUUGACUGAGGAUCCAUUGGUACCGUGUCUGUCUUGGGGGAGAAGAAAUUUGGUGGUUGUUAUUACUUCUCCUCAGAUCAGUCCUUACUGAGCAGACGUACUCAGAAGUAUUCCAGCCAUGACCAUUAGGCCGUUAAGGAGUACAUUGGACUACAUUAGCUAAUGUUUUCUUAUUUAAGACAGUAGGGUUGAUUUGAGGGAGAUUUUGGUUCUAUUUCCCCUUGUCUCAUGUUGUUUGUGUCAAGUGAAGAUUGUUGUGGUGGCUUCCUCCACUUCUUCCUGCAAGUAUAGAAACUGAGCAGUUCACAUAUCUGUUACAUCGAGACGUUCUUGAAAGCCCGUCGGGGGCUGAUUUUCCAUGCUCAAAUGAAUAUAUUUCUCAUCCUCAACAAUUGGUUGUGGAUUGCUGCAUAUCAAAGUGGAGAGCCUCAGUGCUCACCAGACAUGAUCCCCACCGUUACUUUAAUUGAAAGAACGACACACUUGCAGUUAUUGGCUGAGAGAGACCAGUAUGUUGAACACCUGGAAUGCAUCUCAGGAGGACUCUGUCAUCUCCAUCCCAUUAACACUGAUGCCACAAGCAAGCCCUUUCAGGCUGCUUGCAUGUUCAAAUGUAGGGGCCAAAGGAGCUGCUCCCUCAUAUUUAAGCGCCCUUACCUUAACAAACUAAAGCAUUGUUAAUAAUUGUUACUUACGUCUCACACAUUUCUCUUUUUAACCUCGAGCAUAUUUUGGAAAUGAUGUUUGGCUGAAGGAGGAAGUGCAAACAAGGAAAUAAAGACGAUAGUAGGGGUGGGGAUAAUGAUAGAAAAAAGUUCGUUACACACUAAAAUUUAAUUUUAAUUCGUGGAGGUGAUUUGUACUCACUUUGUUGUUGUUGUUUAAUCUCAGACCAGUUCUCAUUGAAUAAAAAUCAAAAAUAUUCCAA